AGAACAUCUUCCCAUACAUCGAUCACUCAGAAAAACGAACCUGAUUAGAUAUCAGAAACUACUACCACACACUGUUAGCAUCACUUUCUUAGAAAUCAUGAUUAUGAACCAAGAUUUCACGACGUCAUUUGCUGUUGUGCCAGGCCUCGGUGGUGGCCGUGGUGGGGGAUCUCCUCAGCACUUAGGCCGCCUCAUCGCAGAGUAUUUCCAACAAAAUCGCUCUGAGCAAUGGAUGCGAAAUGCAGCCAGCGAAACCAAUCGUUCCGAGUUCAUGGGAGAUGUGCGGCAAGCCCGUAAAAUCGCAAUUCAAGCGCGAAAAACGAUACGGGAGGACUUGGAGACUGCGUUUGAGCCGAUUAAACGUGCUGUGGAGACGCUGUAUAGACAUGAGAUGGCGGAUAGUGAUCAGGUUGUGCCGUUGAAGAGGAAGAAUGCUAGAAGAGGAAAUGAUGUGAGUGUUGGGGGAGGAGGUGUUGCGCCCUCUGGUGACGGUGAUGGAGAUCAACAACUGAAAGAAAGUGCAAGAAAUGUUGGAGAUGAAAAGAAAAACUCCUCAUCUUCUACUUCGAACAAGCAAGACAAGAAUCUAAUCCCGGUCCUAAAAUCCCUUCCCGGUCGUCGUGCAGUCGAGCGGAUCAGCUAUAAUGCUGGCAAGCUAACUCGUGUGAUUCAAACACAGCUAUUGGACAAGAUAGAUCAGCUAGGUCGUAUUUUGCGGCGCAUGCCUCUUUCUAGUUCCGGGUCUGAGUCAGCCGCUGGUGCGCCAUCUGCAUCAGGUGGCACGUCGAGUAUCUUGGCCGGUCGUAGUUUGAAGCUGCUGGAUCCGGCCAUGUUGCCGUUUUUUGACCAAGUAGCAGCAAAACCGACUGCUGAUGGAGGCAAUGUGGGAAUUGACGGGGCGUCCGCUUCGAGCGGGGAGAAGUUUAUGGUGCUUCUUCAUCCUUCAUCCUGCUCUGACUCAGGUUUUGUCUAUGGUGUUGGUCAACAGAGAGUCAGAGACAUCUUCUAAUAUGGACAAACUGUCUAAUUGCAGGAUUUUGAACAAGGGAGGUGACCAUGUUGAACAUGAACUCGUCCUUCUCCUCUGGCUUCUCUAACCACUCCAUUCUCGGGAUGCCUUGCCAGAGUCGCUGUCGACCUAUGCAGGGAACGGAUUUUGCCUGGUGCGUCGUUCGGCCUCCAUCCGGAACUCAAAAAAGACUUCUCGAGACAGAUCCUACACUGGCAGAUCACAAUCUGUACAAAGAUCUUAGGAAUACUCCAGGUGGUGACGGUAUUAUAGAAGGUGGAGGAGGAGCUCUUGACGAUGCUCAGGUUGGCGAGGGUGAUGAGCCUCCUAGCACAGCAGCGAUAUUGAUCAAGAGUCCAGGUCGAUAUUGGGAUUACUGUGUGCAGCGCAUGUCUGACUUGCGCGAGCCCUCUGUGGAUCCUGGUGCCGGUGUGCCAGUACAUUUAGCGGAGAGCGACGCAUCAGUAGAUGGACAAUUCCGUAGUCCUUGUCGCUGUGUAGCUGAAGCUGAGAAGUUGCGGACAAGGUAUAGACAGCAGCUACCUAAGUUUGCACGUAAUUUAAUGGCAGAGCAGGAGGAUGCCUCUGCCUUGCCACAGACAACGCGUGAAAGGCGAGAAGCGGAAAAGAAAAGAGCGGAACAAGGUGGAAGUGGGGAGGGUGAUCGUGAAACCUUUCUUGACCUGCGGAAAGUUCCGAUUCGUGACCGAUUUGCCUUACAGAUAGUCGAGUCACGAAAGCAGCGCAGGCUUAGCGGCGCGCGCGUGCCAGGUGGAGUCUUACAGCCAAAGGAUGAGAUAGACGGACUACGAGUACUUUCUGAAGGUGGAAGAGGGUUAUGGCGCUAUGUUGAAAUCAUACAAUUAUAAAGCAAUUUGAGGCAUUUGUUCAGCUUCUUCAUGUCAAUCACGAUCCACAGUUGCAGUUAGUUAUCAUUUCUAUCUUGCACUACAACCCAAAGCCCCUUGUUCUAAGAACAGAAAAGAUCAGCAACCUGUGCCCGCGUGUGCCUGUCGUUUCGUCGCCAGGUAUUGGAGAUGAGAAAGUUAAGGCAAAAUAUGAUGACAGUAUGCUGGUUACAAUAUGCAGUGGAAAAAUAGAGCACUUCAUCUAGCUUUUUCUGGAAGGUCUUUUGCGUGAUAUCUUUUUUCAAGUCUUCAACAUCGUUUUAUUUGUUUUUGAGCACACAGUGCACAGUGGUCUUAGGCUACGACUAGCAAUUCCAUCAGCUUCUCUCUCUGCUUUCAUUCCACUACCUACUCUAAGACACGUGGAGAUUCCGGUAGUUCCGACCCAGUUCGACCCUCGUGGCCGAUUUGCGUGGUUGAUGAGAGCUGCAAGGGCCUUCGAGGAUCCUGGUUUGAGGGACACUCGUGGGAUUUUUGCCUUUCUUCAGAAGUGGGAAAGCCAACAAUUUCUGCGUUAUGAUGCUGUGAGGGUUUUUGUCAUGUUAUCCUGAAAGAGAGAAAAGUAAGACGAUAAAUAUUCACACUGGCUAGUGGACCGUCCUUUGUUUGGCAAUAAUCUUUGGCUUUCUAUUUCAUCUUCUUAGAUCGAUACGUCGUGAAAAGUGAUAGUGAAUUAAGGUCGUACGAGCCAAGGAGGUCUGGGAGGAUGGGGAAAAGUACACAUGCAUAACUUGCCACAACUGCGUGAGCAGGGAUCGGAGCAUGCCGAUGGCAGCGUCGGUUUUUGUGUGGUGCGUAAAAAUUUUUGUUCAAUUUUGUUCGAAGAACCUACCAACCAUAAAGCAACAUGAAACGUC